GUUGCUGUUAGCCGGCAACGUCACCAGUGACGCCAAUCGCCGGCAACACCGCUCGUCGCCACCAACACUUAAAUUGGAUGUCGCGUCACGUACAAGUCGGACCCACCCGGUACACCCCGAUAUAGUACUCACCGGCCGCGCGCGACACACGCAACCAACUGGGUCACCGCGGCGAUGGCCAGCGUCGAGGUGCGCCGCGGCGGCGGCGGCCAUGGCAGGAAGCUCUGGGUGCUGGUGUUCCCGCUGCCGUUCCAGGGCCACAUCAACCCGAUGCUGCAUCUCGCCGGCGCGCUCCACGGCCGCGGCGGCCUGUCCGUCACCGUGCUCCACACCCGCAUCAACGCCAUCGACCCGUCGCGCUACCCGGAGUUCGCGUUCGUGGAGGUGCCCGACGGCAUCCCGCCCGAGGUCGCCGCGACGGGCACUGUCGUCGACGCCAUCCUCGCCAUGAACGCCGCCCUGGAGGUGUCCCCGUCGUUCCGCGACGUGCUCGCGUCGGCGGUGGACGGCGCCGAGGGGCGGCCCCCCGCCGCGUGCCUCAUCAUCGACGCCAACCUCCUCGCCGCGCAGAAGGUCGCCGCCGGGCUCGGGCUCCCCACGCUCGUGCUGCGCACCGGCAGCGCGGCCUCGCUCUGCUGCUACCUCGCUUACCCCAUUCUUCUCCAAAAGGGCUAUUUGCCUCCCAAAGAGUCUCAACUCUAUGAACCAGUGAAGGAGCUGCCACCACUGCGAGUAAGGGACCUGUUCUACUCAAGCGACACCAACCAAGAAAAGGCCCGUGAAACUCUUGCUAAUAUCACCGAAACAGUGAGAAACUCCAACGGCAUGGUGAUCAACACUUUUGACAAGCUAGAACCCGCUGAGCUCAAGAGGAUCCGUGAUGAGCUCAACAAUGACAUUGUCGUUGUGCUCGCGGCCGGCCCAUUCCAUAAGGUGUCCUCCAUAAACAAUGGGAGCAGCAUGAACUUACAGCCAGAUCAAAGCUGCAUUGAGUGGUUGGACACACAGGCAACAGGGUCGGUGCUAUAUGUGAGCUUUGGGAGCUUGGCGUCACUAGAUUCCAAUGAAUUCUUGGAGGUUGCAUGUGGAUUGGAGAGCAGUGGCCAGCCUUUUCUAUGGGUUGUUCGACCAGACCUUGUGAGGGGUCUCAAUAGAGUGUGUUUGCCAGAUGGGUAUGAGCAAGCAGUUGAGGGUAGGGGUAAGAUGAUUCGGUGGGCCCCACAACAGGAGGUGUUGGCCCAUCGAGCGGUGGGCGGGUUUUGGACCCACAACGGGUGGAACUCGACGUUAGAGAGUAUUAGUGAGGGAGUCCCUAUGAUAUGUCAACCUCAAUUUGCAGAUCAAAUGUUGAAUACAAGGUAUGUAAAAGCAGUAUGGGGCGUGGGCUUUGAGCUCGAGGGCAAUCUAGAAAGAGGCAAAAUUAAGAAAGCUAUUAGAAGGCUAAUGGUGGAAAAGGCAGGAACUAAGAUAAGAGAACAUGCAAAGGAGCUUAAGAACAAAGUGGAAGGAUGCUUAGAAAGCAGUGGAUCCUCUCAAAUUGCAAUUGAGAAGUUAGUCAAUUAUAUAAUAUCUCUCCAAUAGUUGGAUUAACUUUGUAUUUCUAUAUUGUGAAUAUUUUAAAUUGAUAAAGAGUUUAGUGUUGUUGAUAAUUCUAUUGUUUACAUAAUUACAUGACAUCAAAAUGGAUGGUUUAGC